AUGCGGCGCCACACGAGGAAUUACCGAGGUCACUCGUCAAAGGCGGGGAUUUUUACCGUUUUGGCCCUGUGGUCCAGCAACCUCGACUGCUGCUCUCCCGUCCAUGCAGUGUCUCUCACCGUUGCAGGAAGAGACCACACUGCCAACUCUCUCGAGUCCGCGAUCAAGACAGCAGAAAAUUACCUGCAACAAAACUUCGCGUCCGACGAGUUUUUGCAGCGCUUACGUGGCACUGAUGAACGGGGGACGAGAUUACAUGCAGCAGCAAAUAGUGCUUCUAGCACCAAUGCGGAACUCUACGUCGCAGCCGAGGACUUAUCCGCAUCGAUCGACGCUUGGCGGAGGCUGGUGUUUGGAAGGGAAAACAGCAGUUCCGUUGGCAAGCAAAACAGAAGCGUGAACACCCCUGAAGAUGACCCGCGUCAGCAACAAGUGUCGCUUCUGGAGAAGGUAGUUUCAAAAAGCGGGGAUCAUCAAGAAGCGCAGCAAGUAGUAAAAGGUCGCAAAAGCAAAGGCAGUGGUGUUGCAGCGGUAGGAACAACAACUUCUCCGGUGAAAAGAAAAUCAUCAAGCGGCCAUAAAAAACAGCAAAACGAAGACGACAAGGAACAAAAGUCGGAAGGGCAGGCACACAAGUCGCACGGAGCUCCUGCAGUUGUAUCAGGGUCUUCUGCACAGACGGGACAAAAAGGCAGCAGCGCUGUGCCAACUUCUUCACAGGAAGCAACCACGGUAAUGAAGAAGGUUUCCUUCGGAACGGCCGCAACAGACUCCUCCGAGAAACAACGAGGCGCGCAGAAGAGCAUGGAAAUAAAGAUGAAAACCUCGCCUCCAGUCACAUCUUCCCCAGUUGCGAAAAAGAAGAAAACCAUAAUUUCCACCAAAGCUAGUCUAGCCGCGGACCUCUUGACGAAGAAACCCGCGCUGCCGGACGUGUUCCAUCCGAAGAAAAUGUCGGAGAUGUUGGUGGAAUAUGCAAUGCAAAUAUGUCUGGGUCUGGAAGAGUGCGAUGCUUGUCAUGCUGAUUUUCCAUUACCCCUGAGGUCUGGAGUGCAGGACUUAGCAUGACAGAUUCUGUCUCUGUGAGAUCUCUAUCAUGCCUAUCCUGCGUCAGAAACUGCGGCCCUCUCACCUUUGUCAAAAUUGGGCAACUUUUGGUAAUCAUGCAGCACUGAUUUUUCCAUGAUCCAGGCUCAGCAUCACAAGUUGCAGCGUUCCAGACAGAUUUGCAUUUGAUAUGGAAACGGGGAAAAAUAAAUCACCCGCGCGAAUGCAGCUCCGCGACCCGUUUUUGGACGACGGUGUAACAGCAACAGUAUCUACUACUCCAUCAGCUCCUGUUCUACUUUCGGGACCGAGCGCUGCGUCGGACCGGCAUGGAGAAUUCCAGUCUUCCGCGUCGUUGGUUGCGACAGUUUCGAACCAGGAGGCUCCUGCGGCCUCCGGUCCCAGCGACAAGAAAGUUGUCUCUUUUCCGAAAAUCGAUCCCAGCACAGAUGUGAUUCCGAUUGACGGUCGUGUGAACACUAGCAACGGCGUAAACUACAAAAGCCCGGCUGUUGUUGAGAGCAGUAGUUCGGAUCCUGAAAAGACGACCACAAGAACAUCUUCCACGCCAGAACAAGCUGCAAUAACUCCUACCAGUACUAUCGUGCCAGCAACUACACUGCCCGCACCUCCACCGGCCGGCGUGGUUUUGCUGCAAUCCAGCGCGGCACUGGUGAACAAGAAAGGAAGUUAUUUCACUGGGGAGGUGCAGGAGAAGGACCAACACGGUAAUAUUUCUCAAGCGGACCACGAAGAACCCGACCUCACCGACAUGCUCGGGUUGAGUUUUUUGCAGCUCAGCAAAAUGUCGUUGUCCAGUGAAGAGUAUGAAAGGCGAAUACGUCUGGGUCUAGAAACUUGUGAUGCUGGAUUGGGAAUGGUGGACACACUACACUACGCAGCCAAGCAUGACAAGUUCUUGAGCUGCUAUGUAUUGCGAGUUCUGCAUAGCAAACUGCGCUUUUGCAUGACAGGCAAGCGGCUCUCCUCCUGCUCAUGCAUCACAGAGUUAGGAGUCAUGCGAGACAAGCAUGACAAACUUCCAGUCUUCCAGACGCAGACACAUUUACAAUGCAUAAAGAGCAGACAAAGAACGAAAACGCGGAGACGAAAACGCUGAUCCAUCACGCAGCAGCAUCGCUCUUAGAAGACGCGGGUCAGAAAUUGAAAGCGGCCUGGUUGUUGAAGCUGAGCAAAAAUGUUUCCCUCGCACCAAAAGUAUUGAACAAGGUGGAAGUUUGUCAUGCGGAACGAAGAACAACUGAACAUUCCUCUACGAAAAGAACCGACCAAGCAGCAGUUUUCGACACCGCAUUCGCACCGCUUUUGAAAUCGAUCGCGUCCUCUGCAUCGGAAACAUCGUCCCCAGGAUAUCCUGAGUAAAAACGUACCCACACCAGAGUUGUAAUGCAGAUUUGCAAAGACAGGAAGACUUGUAAUGCGCAUCCCCAUGAAAGCCAUUUCCAAUCGUGUUUUGGAAUUUGUGAUGCUGUGAACAGGAUGAGCAGAUGAAUCUGUGACGCGGCUGCACUUGCUAACCUGCACUGCACUGCAGAGCGCAACUUCUCAUACUUGACUCACAACAUCCCUAGGUUUGUGUUGCAAAAUCCCCAUCCUGACUCUGGUGUGGGUACGUUUUUACUCAGGAUACAGGAGGUGCAGCAGCCGAAGAACAAAUCGCGGUGGGGAAAAUUUUGCUGCGCCAGAUCCAACACUUCCGGAAACUCGUGGUCAAGGCGGCUGCGGAGAACCAGAAAAAAUGCGUGGCGGAAGAGGCGUUCACCGUGCUACAAACGGUGGCGGGAAUGGUCGGGAGGAAGUAGGGCGAAGCGGUGCCCUCGGCCGUCGUUCGUUUUGAAGUCUUCUUGACGCUGAAAUUAUUUUUUCCCAUUUGGUCGUGUUGAAACUGAAAGUAAGUACACACUCGACGAGCAAUCUACCAAAAGCGAU